AUGUCCAACAAACGAUCCAACACGGCAAGAUCAGAUCAACGCAAAAAGCGUGCCAAAUCGUUCUUUUGUGCCAAGGAACGAGUCAAGGCCUAUGACAAAUUUGCUAUCCGGCCCAAUAUGAAGGGUGUCAUGGUUACAUGUACACGAGGAAAGGAGGCAGCCGCUUCCAAAGAAGUGAUUGACAUGUUUGAACAGUAUGCUGCUGAAAUGUAUCCUGAAGCAUUCAAUGAGAACAAGGGUGAUGACGAUGAUGAUGAUGAAGAUGACAUUGAAGCUGCCAUUCAGAAGGAAGUUGCUCAAUUGAAGAAGGGCAAAAAGAGAAAGUUCAUCAAUACUUCCACCAACAUGGAUUGUGUGCUAUUCAUCGAGACUCGGGAUCCUAUUGAGCCAGUACCAUUUGUCCAUCAUAUUCUUUCCGAUUUGGCAAAAACUCAACGCAAACGAACGCGCUAUGUCUCUCGCUUGUUGCCGGUGCAAACGACUUGCAAUGCCAACCUGCCUGCCAUAGAACAAAACAGUAAACCCAUUUUGGCGCCCAAGUUUCACAAUGACAAUGAUGAUGAGCAACCUUCCUCCAAAGCGUUUGCCGUGGUUGCCCGUGUUCGGAACUGUGAUAAAAUGGAUCGCAUGUCAGUGAUCCAAACGCUUGCAUCGGUAGUGGGUCCUGGUCAUCAUGUCGAUCUGGAUAACCCCGAGAUCACUAUCAUUGCCGAGAUCUGUCAGGAUAUUUGUAUGCUCUCAGCCGUCGAGGAUUUCAACGAGUUCAAAAAGUACAACAUUGAAAGCAUCAUUUCAGCAGCCAAAAAGAUAGACAAAGAAGAGAAGACGCAGGAUCAAAAGCAAAAAGAUGAUUGA